AUGACAGAAGUCAUAUACAAAGAUCUGAGUGCUGAAAAUGAUGAAGCACCAAUGGAAUUGGAGUCAGUUUGUGUAAAUUGUCAAGAAAAUGUAAGAUUUUAAAUGUUGUACUUGUAAUAUUUAUUGAUUUAUUUAAAAAAGCUUUAUUGAGAUGUAAAAGUUUUAAAUAUUUUUGGUUUUUUCAACCGGUAUUAUAAUAGUAUUUGGUUGCAGGGUAUAACAAAGCUGAUGUGCACGAGGAUACCAUUCUAUAAGCAGGUCAUCUUGAUGUCUUUCUCUUGUGAUCAUUGUGGCUACAGGAAUAAUGAGUUGCAAAGUGGUGAACCAGUGCAGGUAAUAGCAUAAAUCGUUUAAUCGUUUUGUAAGAUAUAACGUAUUACUAUAAGAGUUGCUUAUGAACAGUACAUAAAGACUUUUUCCGGAAUGAACACCUUUUUCUUGUCACUUUUAAAGUAUUUUGACGUAGUAAUUUGUAGGAGUUUGGAACAGAGAUUGUGUUGCACGUUAAAGAACAGUCUGAUCUCAACAGAACGGUCGUUAAAUCUGAAUAUGCAUCAUUGGCAGUUCCAGAACUGGAGUUGGAAGUCCCUUUUAAAUCACAACCUGGAGGUAAGUAAUAAUAGUUACUGCGCAGUAAAAUACCUUUUAUUGUAUUAUACUAAAUAUAGGGUUUGAACUUUUUAAAAAAUGUUUGACUGCGUUUGUAGUUAUAAAUAUGAGGUGUAUGUAUUGGUACUAUUCUAGAGGUAACCACAGUCGAAGGAGUACUAAGGCGUGUUGUUGAAGGAUUGUCACAAGAUCAGAUUUUGAGAAGGAUUCAAGAUCCAGAAGGCGCCAAACAGAUUGAUGACUACAUAAGCAGAGUAGAAGAUUACAUUAGUUUGAAGAAGGAGUGGACUUUGGUACGGUAAUUUAUGACUUUAAAAAUUGCAUAGAACUUUGUAUUGAUAUUGGCUGGUUAUGUUAUAUAGCAUAUUACAGUAGUUUUAUAUGACGUUUUAAGGAAUAUUUUUUUUUGAUUUUUGCUUUGGCUUAUCGCAAGUUUUCUUCCAGAGAUUAAAGCAUUAAAACAUUUUGUUAAUAACUUAAAGUAAUGUGUUCCAGAAGUUGAACGACCCAUCUGGAAAUUGUUUCAUCCAAAACCCAAGCCCAAUGCACGUGGAUCCCAAAUGCAUCACAUCACAUUACUACCGUGACAUCGAGGCCAACAAGUUAUUGGCAUUGGCCGAUGAUGAUGACAAAGAUGUCGAGUGGAAGCCUACGACUGAUGACAUCGAGUGGAAGUCGUACGAGGACUGUAAGAACACGAUCAUGCACUUUAACAGCCAAUGUCCGAAUUGCAAGACCAAUUUGGAGGUGUUGAUGAAGCCUACAGGUAACACUAUUGGUCACUUUUGUUUUAUCUAUCUUGUGGUCGUUUUAUCACCAUUUUAUGAAAAACACAUUAAGAAGACAUGUGUUAUGUUAUGAAUGAUAUGUGAUCCCAUUAUUUUUAUAGACAUUCCCUACUUCCAAACUGUCAUUGUAAUGUCCAGCUCGUGCGACAAGUGUGGGUUCAAGUCGAACGAGGUGCAAGCUGGAGGUGCAAUCCAAGAACAAGGCUGUAAACUGUCAAUUAAGGUCGAAAAGGUAGCUUUGUUUGUUCUUUUGUUUAUUUCCCGCAAAUUGGAAAAUUACUUUUUUUUAUUUUUUUCGAAGUUAGCAUCGCCAGUAAACAAACAGUUUUCGAGGAUUUAAUAGCGAAAAGGGGAAUUUAAGCGUAAAUAAGGGUCGGAAAACGGAAUAUUGUGAUAGGUAUAUUUAGAGGAUAAUAUGCUACAUGUUUUGCACACUUACAAAAAGAUGUUAUUGAGAUCAAAUUUUUAGCGAAUUCGGAAAUUCAAAACCAUCAAAAUCAAUAGAAAUUAUAUUCUAUUUGAACUCAUAAUCCUCUUACGGUAAACACUUUAACAAAACUGUUUGCUUAGGAUGUUGAUCUUGCUCGCGACGUACUCAAAUCCGAUACCUGUGGUUUGGCCAUCCCCGAGCUGGACGUGGAAAUAGGUAUGGGCGCGUUGUCGGGUCGCUUCACCACGGUAGAAGGCCUUCUACAAGCCAUUAAAGAGCAGCUCGACGAACAGUCUUCCUUCUUCUUCGGCGACUCUGGAUCUGACGAUGUGAAGGGGAAGUUCGAAAACAUUUUCCGACAAAUGGAUCAAAUUAUCACGCUUCAGAAGCCCGCAACCCUGAUCCUGGACGAUCCGGCCGGCAACAGCUACAUCCAAAGUCUGACGGACGAAGGCGAAGAUCCGAGACUGACCAAAGAGUUCUACACACGAUCGUACGAACAGAACGACGAGCUGGGAUUGAAUGACAUGAAAGUGGAGAACUACGAAGGCAUGGACACGAUAAAGGAAGAAGAAGAGUGA